CGAGCAGUGCUCAGCCUACGAAAGGACCGACGGGGGAAGCCCUGUGCGGAGGUGACUGCAAUUGCACAGAACACGGUGCAGGCUUUGCCUGUCAUUCGGCUGAAAGCAGCAAAAAAGAAGAACCAGAGAAGUGGGCCAGACAGUCGAAAAUAGGAACUUAUUACCCAACACAAUGAAGUCGUUCAUCAUCGUCUCUGUAAUGCUGAAUGUCCUUGUCACAGACAUAUCGGCUCGCCAUUGGCAGAGGCAGUAUGAACCAGCAAGCAAAGCUAAAUACGGACAUCAAGGUUGUAACUGUAUGAAUGGAGGAACAUGCAUCUCCUACUACCUGUUUUCUGGAAUUAAACGCUGCUUAUGCCCGGAAAGAUAUAGCGGAGAUCACUGUGAAAUAGAUGCCGAAAGUCGCUGCUAUACAAGCAAUGGGAAAGACUACAGGGGAACCGCAUCGGAGAGCGAGAGCCAGGAGCGGUGCGUGGCGUGGGACUCCCCCCUGCUGCAGAGAUGGCCCUUCAACGAGGGCGUAGCAGGCGCCGUGGAACUGGGGCUGGGCAAGCACAACUACUGCAGAAAUCCAGAUGGCAGAUCUAAGCCUUGGUGUUACGUUAGGAGGGCCUAUCGGACUUCUUCAGCACCUUGCAAUAUACCAGAGUGUAAAAAAGAAUCCACAUGUGGUCAGAGGAGCUUUAGCAAGACCUUUAAGAUAGUUGGUGGGCACCAGGCAAGCAUCGACUCUCAGCCCUGGGUGGCGGCCAUCUUCCAGUCGAGCAGGCCGGGAACGCCAAGUCAGUUUAUUUGUGGCGGCAGCCUCAUAGAUCCGUGCUGGAUUCUCACAGCAGCACACUGCUUCCCUAAAGACAUUCCCAACAUAUCCAGGUACACUGUUUUUCUUGGAAAGUCAGCAGUCAAUGCUACCACUCUGAGUGAACAAAAAUUUAACGUGGACAGGAUGAUCAUUCACGAGGCGUAUUCACAUCAAACCACAGACUUCAACAAUGACAUCGCCUUAAUAAGGAUCAGAUCUUCUUCUGGCCAGUGUGCCCAAGAGACUGACACCGUCAAAACCAUCUGUUUGCCAUCUCAAGGGUUAUCGCUGAGAGAUAAUUUCCAGUGUGAAGUUUCUGGCUAUGGAAGAGAAAGCAGGAGUAGCAUUUACUACUCCAGGAUUCUGAAAACAACGAACGUGCACUUGAUAUCACAGAGCAUGUGUCAGAAAUAUUACGCGGGUCAGACUGUGAAUGACAACAUGUUCUGUGCUGGAGAUCCCCAGUGGAAGACGGAUUCAUGCAAGGGAGAUUCUGGUGGUCCCAUCAUUUGUGAGGCCAAUGACAGGAUGGUGCUGUAUGGGAUUGUCAGCUGGGGUGCUGGCUGUGCCGAGAAGGAGAAGCCCGGAGUCUACACGAGAGUCACAAAGUACCUCCCAUGGAUCGAAUCGCACAUAAAUGGAGUCCAUUUCAGAAGUUACUACCCUCCUAAAUGAACAGAGGGACUUUCUUUGCAACAUGAAUGGCAAACUCAGGGAAAUUGAGCCAAAUAAUGUCACCAUGUGAAUCCUGUUUCUGAGCUGGUUUUUCCUCAGCAGUUAUUUUUUUAGCUUCCUGUCAGGGUUAAUUUUGUGACGUUAAUGCCAUUUUGUCUGGGGUAGAAAUCUCCAGCCUUCACUGUGAACAAAAAUUGUCCCCUGGGAACAUUUAAUUAAGAAAUGUUUUGCCAGUCCAUAUGAUCUAUGUGUCACAGUAUCUCUAGAAAUUAGCCUUAAAUCAUGCUACUAGGUUUUCUGGUGAGCUUUAAAAUUAGCUAUGAACUUGCUAAUGGCUGGAGCCACCCAGGAAAACACAGUUGUCCCAUUGUGUGGAAUGGGACUUAAAGAUGUUGCUGUAUUACCAGCUUGAUUUCAAUGAUACCCAAGUGCCCUUCACCUUCUCUGGAUUGCAUUAUCAGUUUUUAAUGUUUAAAAACUUGCUUCACUGAUGUUCAAUGAUGUUAUCACCCCCAAGGCACAGCUUGGACUGGUUCUACGAUCAAGCUAGUCAUAGUAAUCCAGUGUAACUCAGUGAGUUCAUAGGCAAGUAGAGAACCGAGACUAGUCUUUCCUAUGAAAACACCAGCUCUCAUUCGUGGGCAGCACAGCAGAAAGUUUCUUAGUCAUAAUUGUGGGGCAAGGGGACCAGUGGAAACCUCAUUGAAAGUAAUUGGGGCCAAGCAUGAAAAAUAGUAUUAUACUCUUAAGUUAAACAUUAUUACCUUUUUAAUUCUGUUUUGAAAUAAUUUACUACGAGAAGAAAUGUUAGUUGCCAGCUUUUAACAGAUAGCAAUAGAAAAGUAUUGCUGUCUGUAAGAAGCUUUUAGAAAAGUAAAAUAAACAUUUGGCUUUUAAGGAAAAUAGACACUGAAAGGUAUCCUCAUCUCUAACCUGGUGUAAAUAUAGCUUCACUGGAACUGUUGAGAAGCAUGAGAUAAAAGUUCCAUGCUUUAAUACAGAGUCUCCAUGAAUGUAUUUCAACCACAGCCACCUGCACCUUACCUGCCCACUGCCACUCAAGCCUCUCUUUGGGUCCCCGGUUCCCUUCUUAACGAGUCUUCCUGUCAUGUGUCUGACUGUGUGCAGAACAGUAACAGGAUUUCAGCUGCCAAUGUUUUAUAACAAAUUGAUUAAAUGAUGCUCCUACAGACCCACUGGUGCUUGGGGGGGGGGCACAGGCAGAGAGCCACGUGUGUUUAGGCUUCGGCUCCCAGAACUCUCCACCAGCAUGACCAACAGUCAGGAGUGCCAGGAACGGCUGAGUGAGCCACCCAGGCACCUGCUUUUGCCCACCCUGCUGAAUGGUCCAGGGUACAAUGGGAACCAGAGAGCUAAGCUGUCUCCCCCUGUCUCCCCAGGAGAAGCUUGGAAACCAGUCCUGUGAAGUGCUGGGGAGGGAGCUGGGGAUCUCUGACAGGAUGCUUAGAAGUAUCACCAACUACAGUACCCAGAAUUCUCUAGGGCAACAGUUGAAGGGUUAUGAAAGCAAUGUAAUUUGGUAAAACAGAUGUGAUCAUAGUCUUAAGGUCAGGUUCUUUCAUUCUCAGGGAUGUCCUGCCUUUGUCUAAACAUCAGAAAGCCUCCCGCUAACCUUUACUGAGUUUGCAGAGUUGUAUAUAUGCACACUCUGAACUUGGGUGGACUUUGGCAAACAUGAGGCAUGGGUGACCCCUCAUAAAAACACCUGCAGCUGAAAUUUUCCUUUUCAAAGAUGGUUUUAUUGAUUGAACUUGUAAUAUAUGUCUGGGGGCUGGACCCCCUUUUGUUAUUUAAUAAUUUUACUUUAACUUAUUCUUUAUAAACUGUAAGUAUAAAAAGUCAAUAAAAUAUUACAGUUAUAUA